AUCUUGUUCAUGCGCUGUGCGAGAUAGUUCGAGAAAAUCGUAGAAGAGUCACCUUGGUAUAUAAGCUACAUCGUGGCGACGCAGUGAAUUUUCGCAUCAAUUUAUUAAGAUGAGUCUAGCCAUUAUUUCAAGAGUUUGUCCCAGGGUCAGCCGAGGUGUCCAGGCUUUGGCCUGUAGAGGAUUUGCUGACCGAAAUAUCCCAGUUCACCAACACAGUGCUAAGGACCACCAGCGCACAGCCCUAGAACCAUGGAACGAUUUUGUCCUGCCAUCCAGAAUUUUACCCGAGUCCUUCGCUAAUCGUUUCCGAGAUGUAGAGAAGAUGAUGCGAGACAUGGAGAAUUAUCUGGAACAUAAAUAUUUGUCUUUCCCAGCAAGAGGAGAGGAAUCAAAGGUUGAAAUCAGUGAUAAAAAACUCAAGAUAAAGUUGAAUGUUCAUCAAUUCAAACCCGAAGAAAUAAACGUGAAAAUCCAGGACAACAAAUUGACCAUUACUGGAAAGCAUGAGAAGAAGUCGGAGGAGGGACACAGUUAUUUCGCUCAGGAGUUCACACAACAAUACACCAUACCACAGGGAAUUGACUCAGACAGUAUCAUCUCAACUUUCUCUGAUGAGGGUGUGCUGGUGAUCCAAGGAAAAGUGAAGGGAGGCGGAUCACAAGAAAUUCCCAUUGACAGGAAGUAAACCGUAGAUUGGGAAAAGGACAAAAUCUCUACGCAGUGAUAGGAUGCAAAACAUUAUGACCAAGGGACUAUUUUUUCACGAUCCCUCCAGGCAAAUAGCUGGACCAGGUUAAAAAUUUUAACAAGUGUUGCGCUGUAUAUUUUGUUUUGUGAUAAACUUUCAAUAAAAUUGAAAGUAGUGAUGUAAAUUUUGUUUACUGAUUUAGUUU